AUGGACUGCGAUUCUUACGAGCUGGACUCUCUGGAGGUCCCCCCUCUGACUCCCACCAGUAAGGAGGUCCUCAGCCAGGCAAUGAAAGCCAGUUUUGCUGGCUUCACUCAGGAAAUAAUCAAGCAUCGCUUACCUCCUGAUCCUACCUCGUGGUCAGAGUGGGAGGUGAACCACUGGCUGGACUGGUGCCAGGCCGAAUUUGGUCUCCAGUGUCUGGGCUCAGAGCUGAGGGGUCUGCAAGGCUGUGAGCUGUGUUGUCUGGAUAAGGAGGCCUUCCUGGACCUGAUGUCAGAUUGCACUGCAGGGGAGAUCCUGUGGGAGCACCUGGAGACCAUGAGAAGAGAUUACAUUGCAGACCCUUCAGACAAACUGGAUAACCAGCUGCAGCAUCAUGUGGCUGAGAGCACCAACCUCCUCACCCUGGAGCCUCAGAAACACCAGAGCUUCAAAGAAUAUGUCAGCCACAAAACAGUUCUGGGUAAAGCUGUGAUACCAGCAGCCAUGCUAGCUGGUUACACUGGAAGUGGUCCCAUCCAGCUGUGGCAGUUCCUCCUGGAGCUCCUGACAGACCGCAGCUGUCAGUCAUGUAUAAACUGGACAGGAGAUGGGUGGGAGUUUAAGCUAACAGAUCCAGAUGAGGUUGCUUUGCUGUGGGGCAGGAGGAAGAACAAACCCAAGAUGAACUAUGAGAAACUCAGUCGGGGCCUACGCUAUUACUACGACAAGAACAUUAUCCGAAAGACAGCUGGCAAACGCUAUGUUUACCGCUUUGUGUGCAACCUGCAAGGCUUGCUGGGAUAUCAGCCUGGUGAGCUGCAUGCCAUAUUGGACAUCAGAAACAAAAAUCACCUGUCAAGAGAAUAA